ACCUACUUGAGAUAGAUGCUUUUGCUUUGGAUAAAUCUAAAUACAUUUCAUAAAAGACACCCAAGAGCACAAAUUGAACAAGGACAUAGUUAUAAAUAUACUUACUGGGAGGUUCCAAUUUAAGAUUAUUCACAAUUUAUUAACAACGUUUUCGAGGUCAGAAACUGUGGUGUCCUAUGAUUAGAAAGUGUUUUAUUGACAUUGGCUUUGAUUGAGUCUGGCUAAACAAUAUGCUGCUUUAAUUUAAUCAUUUUAUUUUGAACGCUUGAAAGUCCCGGAAGAGGCGCUGCAUGUGUCUUGCAGAGACCGCGGGAAAAUGUCGUUAUUUCCUGCUCCCUGAAGAAGGUUGUUUGGUCGUCGCGACAGUGAUUGUAAACAGAUGAUAAAGCAUAAUAACAUGCUAAACAACAUUCUUAGAAUCGAUUUUCACAUGCUACUUCCAGGUACAUCUCUGAGCCAUUGAUUGAGCAUCAGGAGAAUGGAGGGUGAUUUGAUGGAUGAAGUGUAUGGUGACCUCAGCCAAGACCACCAUAACACCACAGCAGCUUUCAAUGAAGAUUCUGUGGAUAUUUAUUUUGGUUUAGAAAGUCCAAAGAUGAAUUCAAAUUCAGAAAGGAACUACACACUCCUCUCACCACAGAAUCUGAAAUAUAUGGACUUAUAUGAAGAAAUCAUAACAGAGGAACAGCAGGAUAGAGAGUCUUCCUACAAUGAGUUGAGGACAAGAUUCAAUGCAGCACAAAGCCAAGUUGAUGAGUUAAUGAGAAGGUUGCAGCAGACUGAAACACAGAAUACAACGCUGAACACCGAGAACAGCCGCCUGAAGAAGAACAUCUGUGCGCUCAUCAAAACGGCUAAAAUGGAGGUUGUGCGGAAGGACGAGGAGAUAAAUAGGUUGAGCCAAAGUUUCAGGCCAAGGAGGGGUCCUGUAGUUCACCAUCAAUCUCAGAUGAACUGCCUGAGAAAUCAAAUUCCAACCAGACAGAAUCCUACGGAGCAGUCACAACCUAGCCAACCACAAGUUCCAACCAGACUAAAUCCUACGGGGCUGUCUCAACUUAGCCAACCACUAAUUUCAACUAGACAGAAUCUUACAGGGCAGCCUCCACCAAGCCAACCACCGGGUCCUAGAAAGGAUUGUGUUGUAAAGGAUCUUAGCCAGCUCCUCUGUAAAGACAGAGAUGUGGUCCACCCCCUUCUCCCUCCAACCCCCUCUGAUGCAACAGUUUUCCGACCACCUCUUCUCGAUGCAACAGUUCUCAGACCACCUCUUCCUGUCACUUCAAAGACAGCUAGAGGAGAUUCAGAAGCUCUCGUGAAACGCACUGUUAGUAGUUCCAGCCAGGACUCUGUGAUUAGACACCCUACACGUGAACUUGGCCCGUCAGACGAGCCGAAACAAACCAAGCACCGAGAAGGCGGAGGUGAAAAUCCCAGGCUGCCCGACUCAAAGGAGCAGCGGAAAUGUAACUCCAAGUCAAGCAAAUACCCUCGUCUCUCAGAUGUUGAAGUAUGCAGGAGAUCAGAGCGGGCUAAAAAUCCAACCUCAGACAUUUUGCAUUGCAGUGCUUCCUCUAACCGCACUUCUGAAGGAUUGUCUAAAGAUGGUGCAGCCUAUCAAUCAAAAAGUUCUAGUCGGCAUUAUAAGGAGCUCAGGCGUGAUAAGGAUGAUGAUAAUAGGCAUAGUAGAAGUACUAAAGACAUUUCCUCUAACAGAAAGCACGCCUAUUUGAAUCAAGCCAGUGUCACUGAACGAUCCAGUGAAUCUUUUAAUCGCAAGGGAGGGACAAGUCCUCCAAGGGACCAUCGAAGGAAAGAGGAGAGAAGAAGAGAGGAUGAGAUCAGAAAAGAAAAGAAUAGAUCAAAAAAAUCAGGAGAAAGAAAAAGCACUUGUACAGAGAGAAGAAGAACAAAGGAAAGUGACCGAUGCAGUACGGACGUAAGUAAGGACAAGACAAUGGACAACAGUAAAGUCGGGGGGCAAAAGACAGAUGAGAAGUCUGAAUUGCUUCCAUCUGAGGCUAAAGUGGCUGAGAAAAGCUCUGUAGAGGAGAACGGUCCAAACAGAAAGUUAAGUUUCAUGGAAACUCUGAAUCUUACCCUGUCACCAGUUAAAAAACCAAGACGGCCUGCUGAAACCAAGGAACAGGAGGGCACACCACCUGAGGAAGUUCCUGACGACCAGUCAGCGGAAGACAGCGGACAGCCUGAUCUAGACAAAUUAAUAAUCUUAGAUGAAAUCAACAGUAGUGUGGUACAGUCCUCUUCAGAAAUCCCAAUGCCUUCAGAACCUGAAAGUAUUAACCUUAGACAUACAGACAAAGAACCUUGUCAGGAUGCUACCAAAGGUCUGGCUGAGGCCACAGUGGCCAAAAAGCAACCUAAGUGCCAGUUAGAAGUGGAAGACACUAUUGUCCAAGAUGUCUCAGAAGGUAGGCCUGAGCUGCCGGAGGCCACAGUGGAUCAGAGGACUGAACCCACCACACCAGAACCUCUCAGGAAGGUUUGUGUUUCAGCUCGAGACUGUGACAUUGUUUUGAGAACUCCACUGAAAAGCAGACCUGAACAAUGUGCCUCUGCAAAUAAAAUUUGUGAGUCUGAGGAUUUUACUGCUGCUGCUGUCACUGCUACUACUGUUACUGGGAAUUGUGGAAACAAUUCAAAUAAUGACACUGGCCUAUCUUCUAACGGAUUUACCCCUGACCAUUCAAUGGAAAAUGAAACUCCCAGUGCUUUGGUCUGUAAAAGUCAAGCUGUUGAAACUGUGACACAAGUUCCACCUGCUGCUGCUGUCUGUGUGGGAAAUCCUGCUGUUGAAGGUGUUCCAGGAAAAGAACAAUCGGAAUCUCUGCAAUUGCCACUGCCUGCCUCUGUUAUUUCAAGUUCUAGUCUAGAUGUGACGGCGGAGGUGCAAGAUAUUUCCAAGCAUGGUGUUUCCAGUACGAUUAGCAUGGAGGUAAUUCCAGAGAUCUGCAUUACAUCUGAGAUCGUUAAUGAUGUCACAGAGAUACCUCUGGAGUGUGUGAAAGAGAAAGCUGUUGUGGAACAAAGUUCACCGUUGAGCAGUAUUGCCGUGUCUAAGGUGAGCAGCACAACAGGAGAGGUUGCACCAUCAGCACAGCACAACAGUGGUUUGUCACAAACACCAAAGAAGUCCCUCAAUACUGAGCCAGAGAAUGAGGACGUGAAUGUCGAGCCCUCUAGCUCCAUUCCAUUGGCCCAUGACGAGGACUCGAUGAGGCUUACACUGAGCAGCCUUAAAGGUAUUCCAGAUGCCAUCAGCCCACUCACAAGCCCAGUCCGUCCAAUGAGGAAAAGCCAUCCGCCGCCAUGUCACAGCAAACCUGCUUACGUCAAGAGUCUUUGCAAAGAGUUGACCAGUGCUGCUGGGGAUCCCAAUUCAAAGAAGUUGGAUGUGAAUAUGGAGAACAAGAAUCCUGGCCGCUCCAUUGCAAGUGCUACACAACAAGAUGUGGAUUGGGCUUCUGUCCGUUCUUCCAGCCCUGAGGAUGAAUUGGAAGAGGGUGAAAUUCUUAGUGAAGGGGAAGAAACUCCAAUCACUCCAAGUUCUCCAGACAAAACGCUUAGGCCCACAAGCACUGUUAAAAGUCAACAAAUUCCCAAGUCAUCCCCUAGACUUUCCAAGAAGUCGCCUGAAGAGCAAGGGAAUUCUAAACUCCUAAGUAAAACCUUGAGUUCACCAGUUGGAAGCCCCAUGUCAAAAGCUCGCUAUAAAACUGUUCAACCUCCGUUACCCAAAGCUGCCUUGUGUACCGUGGAGGAGGUUAUGGCCAUGUUUGUAAAGAUCCGCUAUGCGUGCAGGAAAAAGUACAUGAAGCUUCGUUCAACCUUCUCUAAGGACCGCUUCUGCGGUGUUAUGGACAUGUCCCUUGACUCUUUUACAGACUUUGUUGAUAGUGUUAGCUUCACUGAACUAUGCAGCCAAGAAGAUGACCUCAAAGUGAAACUGAAGAAUAACAUACUGUCUGUUUUGAGUAAGUUAUCAAAUAAUGGCAUUGUCAACCGCAUCUUUGACCAGGAACCACUUAAUAUGAAGUCGAAGCUGUGGGAUUUUGUGAAUGUGCAGUUAGACUUCUUAUUCAAGGAAAUUCAGACUGCUCUGAGAAGUGUUUGCAAAUCCGCAAAUGGAAACCAGUCUGCAGGAGCUGAUAAAAGGGACUUGAGUCUCUCCAAGCAGCCAGUGAAGUCCCCCAAGCAGCCAGUGAAGUCCCCCAAGCAGCCAGUGAAGUCAUCGGUGUCCACAGCCUCUAAACUUAAAAGACCGCAGGGAGCGGUACAAAAAACGAAUUGUGUGUCCAGAACAUCUGCAACUAAAAGACCGCAAGAGGAAUUAACAGAGUGUGUUGAACACAACAUAAAAAGAACCAGGGCUCAGACUCUCCCCCCUUGCAAAACUGGUCUUGGAAGAGGCAAAAAUAUUAAAAUGUCAUUUGAAGAAGAUAAGGAAUCAGAGCCUCAAACCUCAGAUCAUUCUCUUAUGCAACCUCCAAUGCAACCUCCUUUGCAACACGGGUUAGAGAUCUUACCAUCAAACAGCUCUUCAUCUGCUGAGAAAACAGCAGCCUAUGUUCGCCGGCUGUCUCAAAAUGGCUCACUCCAUGACAAGUCUGACUUCGAAAUCCUCACAGAACAGCAAGCCUCCAACCUAACAUUCAACCUGGUGACAGACUCCCAGAUGGGAGAGAUCUUCAAGUGUCUCUUACAAGGGUCUGAUCUGCUAGAAACUAGUGUCUCAGCUGGCGACAAUCAGGGCUGGCCUCUUGGUACUCCUCGCAAAGGAGAGCGCUUCCGAGGCGUUACCACCCCAAGCAAAGUUGGUACCACAACCAAAGUUGGUACUCCCUCUAAAGUCAUUGCCACAUGGUCUUCUAUUUCACCUUGCAAGUUUUCCUCUCCAAAUUCAAAAGUCCAAAUUCCACUAAAUCCAGCUCUGUUGGAUGAGAGUUGCAUGUUAGAGGUGCCCUCCAGCCUACCAGAAGACAAAAUGACAUCACAGGCCAGUGUGUUCUCGCAGAGAUCUUAUUCCAUUUUGGCAGAAGAUCUGGCUGUCUCCCUCACAAUUCCUUCGCCUCUCAAGUCUGACAAUCACCUCAGCUUCUUGCACCCAGCCAACGUGGAGCCCACGUCUGCUCCAGAUAGUGUCAUCAGUGCACACUUCAGUGAGGAUGCUCUUAUGGAUGGGGAAGAUGCUACAGAGCAGGACAUUCACCUCGCCCUGGACACAGACAACUCCAGCGGUGCGUCAAGCGGUGGUGGCAGGACUAGGGAGGCUCCUGUUAACCCCCUGUUUCACUUCAAGCCUCACUUGCCCAUGCAGGCAGUAGUGAUGGAGAAGUCAAAUGAUCAUUUCAUUGUGAGGAUACGGCAUGCAAACACCAGCCCAGACAUCAACUCCAACAACUCAAGUGUCAACUUCACCAACCCAGGCAUCAACUGCACCAACCCAGGCAUCAACUGCACCAACCCAGGCAUCAACUCCACCAGCCUAGUGGUCAACCCCACAUGCCUAGGAGUUAAAUCAACAAGCCAAGGAGUCAACUCUUCAAGCCCAGGAAGUGUAAAAUCUACCUACCCAGGAAAUAACUCCACCAACCCAGACACAAACUCAAGCUACCCAUGUGUCAACUCCACAAGCCCUCAAGUCAACUGCACCAACCCAGGCAUCUACCCCACAAGUGCAGACAUCAAUCCAAGGGCUGUCUCAAGCCCUCAAACACCACCAGGAGAAGAACAACAUGGCAAAGACAAAGCUCAUCCCACAGGACUAACUCCUUCUAAAACUCCUUUUUCAGAGGCCAGUCCUCCUUUCUACCUUAUCACAAGCACCGAAACAGCAUCUGCGCUAUCUUCACCAUGCCUCACCAUCAUAGAAGACACACCGGAGAGAGACCACAGCAAGGGUAAGACCGGGAAAAAGAGGACAAAGCACCAUGUUGAAAUGAAAGCAAAGUGGCCUAAAAAGGAGGUGAUCCCUGAGAAGAUCAAGCAUAAAAAGAAGUCCUCAAGUGCCAAAGGAAAGGAGACUAGAAGCUCCAAGAGAGAGAGAAGUAAAGUCACUACUCUACCCCAAUCUACCCCAUCACCCAACAGCCUGUCUGCCAAGAAUAUCAUCAUAAAAAAGGGUGCAGUGGUGGUGACUUGGACAAGGGAUGAAGACCGAGAUAUUCUCCUCUCGCUGAAGAUGAAAGGUGCCUCUCCGGGUACUUUCUCUGCCCUAUCGGAGAAGAUGAACAAGACACCCGCUCAGAUUGCAGAGAGAUUUUCUCAGCUGAUGAAGCUUUUUAAGAAGAAGAAGAUGGCAAGUUGACUUUCCAGAAUCGUAGAAUUUCUCUUUAUUCAAUGACGAUUUCAUGUACUAUGCUUUUUUUUUUAAACUCAGAUGUUGCAAGGUCAAUGCUUGAAUUUCCCAGUUGAUGAAUGAGCAGAAGCAGAUCAUCUGAAUUUGAUCCCUGUAAUUGAUGGCCUUGGAACAGAUGAAGGCCAAAUCAACUAGAUCUCAAACUGAAAUGUUUUUUUGUGGGGUGGUCAGCAUGGAUCAGAAUAUCCUUGAGGUAACAUCCACACAGGCUUCAAUGUAUCAUCUCCCCACAGCCUAAAUGAAUAAGCUGUUUUGGUACAUCUGCUGAUUUAGCAGAUUUGUAAGGUAUUUUUUAUUUUUGUUGCGUUAAAUCUAAUCUACCAUAUUGAUCCUGGGCAAUAUCCCAUAUCAAUUUCACAACUCUUAAUAUGCCCCAGCAAGUUUAUACCGUAUGUGGAGUUAAACACUGCAGCAAUCAUACAUGUAAUCUGAAGUAAUUGACACAUUUUAGCAGUAAAUGGGGAAUUGUCUCUAAUACUUUUAUGGAGCAUUGCCGCAUGUAAUAAUGUUACUUUUUAUACAACGUCUGGGGGGGGGGGGUUGUUUGGAAAUAAAGAUUGGAACUACAAUUCAGGUCACAUUUAUAUCUUAUUUCAUGCUGUAAGGUCACAUGGCAGAAAGUACAUUUUACUGUACAGUAUGUCAACAGUAUUCUAUUUUGGAUAUAUAUUGUACUGACUUCAAGAUGGUCAGUUAAAUUAAUAGGUGUACAUGUUCCAUUUUUAUGUACGAUUCAAGGUGGUAUGUUUAUAGAAAUUAAGGAUUUUAAAGGGAACAUUUCUUGACAUAGAUUUUUGGUUGGUUGGUUUUGGAUGAGUGACUACCUGGUUAACAAAUGUACACUGUAUAUUGUACAUAUUUUGGUUUUGUAAAUAAAGUGUAUUUAUUUAA